GGAAAGCUGAGAUCACGAAGACCACGGAGGCUAGGGAUGCUGGGCGAUGACUGCUCGCAUACUUAAACCCCGUCAUCUGCUGGUCAUUGUGACACGACAACUCCAGGCUUCAUCGUGACUGCAUCAGCAUCUCUACUACAAGAACACAUAACCACACGCCCCCCUUCUCCCAAACUGACAAUCUCCAAGCCAAAAUGCAGCUCACAAAGUACCUCACCCUCACAACCCUCCUCUUCAUCCAAACCUCUCUCGCAGCCCCGGCCCCCCAGCCCCAAGUCGCUCGGGCAUGUGACUACACCUGCGGCAGCAACUGCUACCCCAGCAGCGCCGUCUCCUCUGCCCAGAACGCCGGCUACAACUACGUCGAGCAAGGCGGCCACGCCGGCAGCAGCAGCUACCCGCACGUCUACAACAACUACGAGGACUUUGACUUCCCUGUGCAGCCGACGUACUAUGAGUUUCCGAUCUUGAGCGGCGGGUCGACAUACUCGGGUGGUUCGCCGGGCGCGGAUCGGGUUAUUUUCAAUGAGGAUGGGGAGCUGGCGGGAGUGAUUACGCAUUCGGGGGCUAGUGGGAAUAACUUUGUGGCUUGUGAGUAGAGUAGGAUUGGUAUGGCUAAAUAAUGGCAUUGGAUGGUUGUGUGUAUGGGAUUACUUGGAAUCUGCUUGUAGUACUACGGCAGUUUGUUCCCACUAUGGAUCGACAUGUUUCGAGGUCACUCCCCUCCGGACAAGUGAGCAUAAUAUCUUUGUUCCACUAUAGCACUUUGAAGAACUCAUUCAGCUUUAUCUAAGACCGUUUGCUCGUUUUGUUCUUAAUUUUGUCGCCUUCCAAAAUAACAGGUCAUGUGACUAGAGACAAACUCGUUCAUCACCUCAUCAAGGAACGGCUUGGUGUACUCUGAGCGAUGCAAAACUAUAAAUGACUACGAACUGUGGGAUAUGGGACCCUGAAUAUAAGCUCAGCAAGUCCCCGCUCAAAGAAUUUUAGGUUGCAAUCUGACCUGCAUCGGGAUAUAUAGUGAGUUAUGGGGUUAUGAAAGCAUAGCGAUAUGGAGACCAGUCCUGUCCUAUG